AUGGCGGUGGAAAGUAUGGAGGAAACAAUUCAAGCUCAGAGCUCCAUCAGAGAGUUUCCAUGGCUGAUUGAGAUGGUGAAAUCGAAACUAUUCUACGAAAAUUGCGAUCAACACGGAAAGCAGCGACGUAGCUUCUGUUGUGAUUGUAUGAUUCCUCCUUUAUGCGACGAGUGCUACAAAGAGAACGAGCACAUAGACCACCUUGUGAUUCACUUUAGGAACGCUCUUGGAUCACAACAACUGGAUGAGCUUAUGGAGAAUUCAGAAGAAGAUGUUGUUGAACCUGUCGUGGAGAUCAAGAAACGACGACAUAGGAGGAAAGGGAUUCCAUAUCGAUCUCCAUUCUUUUAG